AUGAAACCGAGGGGAACAGGCCCCGCGAGCCUCAGUCGUGUGAAGGGUGUCGAGGCGCUAGUGUCAAUCUCGCCCGCCGUCGGCCUUCGCCCUCGCUCCGUCCGCGCGCCGCCGUCCUGGGUGUCCUCCGGCAGGCUUGGAGGUGCAGGUGUGAGGCGCGACCGCGAAACGUGUCCUCGAGGAGCACCCGACCGCCCUUAUCGCUCGGAUCUCUCUCAAGGACGAGCCGAGAUGACCUCCCUGCGGAGAUCCUGGUGGCCGCCCAUCCUCCUGUGUCUGUGGGCGCAGAUGGGCGGCGUGUGGGUGGCAGCCUCCCCUACCCUGACCCACUCCACGCCCACGCCGGACCUGUUGGCACUCACGCAGGACUUCUGGCACUGGAAGACCCAGGACUACCCGCAGUUCGCCACGCAGCAAUGCCUUUCCAUGCCCAAGCUGUACGCGGGCGAGGCAGAUGAGCAGAUAAAGGACUGUCUGACGGGCGAAGCCAAGAUGGCGGCCACGAUAGGUCGCGGCGGUUGA